CCAUAUUUGAUCACCAAUGUUCUUUUAUCUACGUAUGCAAUUAUGAUUUUUAUUUUUUUUUACAAUGAUGAUCGAUGUGAAUAUCAUACAGUGACCUCUUUAAAAUCACGGCUACACGCAAAUGUUCCUCCAACGUCCCUCGAUCCUCUGUUAUCGCCCAGUACACACCCCCGCAAGCAUGCACGAACACGUACACGCACACGUACACGCGCACACCAGCGAUGGAGGCUCACGCGAGCACGCGGUGGCCAGCGAGUGUCCUUGGCACACUUACAGCGCGAGCGCACGGCGGAUCAUGCGCCGCAGUUUUUCCGAUCCAUGACCUAUUUUUACCUUGCGCUCGUGUCGCUGUGGCCUCGCCUUCUGCACGCCGGAGAAGCCGUCUGCUUCGUGUGCCACACACGCCAGAGGGGGGCAGCAUCGUGCAUUUUUAUCGUCUCGUCGUCUGUCUGCACGUUGUUCAACAUUUUGCGGCGAACUUUUUUUUCUCGAGUCUUUUGCUGGACCUGCUUACGGCUGACGAGCUGGAGAAGGGGGAGAGAGAGAAGGAGAGCGAUAGUCGGUGCACGACAGAUGUCCACGGAAUCGUGCCAGUGGAUCGGGGCUGCGGCCUUGGCCUGGGGAGGAUCGCAGAUUCGGUAUCCAGCGAAGUGUACGUCCCAACGAUUAUCAUGGCUUCUGGUUGGAAAUGUGAUGUCGACGUGUUGUGGUUAGUCUUGGGAGUGUGAUCUCCUGUCAGCUGAUUGCAUGUGUAGUUUUUUUUUUUUUUUUUUUUGAAUAUUAGGAUUGUGAGUUUUCAAGUCCGAGACAUGUCUGAGACUUGCGUCUACUGCCUUACGUCUGCUAGUCGUGGCUUCGUGCCUUUGAGCUCGACCCUGUGAGCACGAUGCGUGUGUAGAUACAAGAAGCAUUGUCUACAACAUUCGUGUCUGCCUCGCGGCUUUGGUGUUUGAAGGCCGAGCUGAGAGGUGUUGCCUCCAGCACUCGUGUGUGAGGUGUCAUACGAAACAAGGAAAGUGGUUGUGGGUGUGUGAUCAGUGCCCUAGACUCAGGGUACAGACCUAAUUAGUUAACAACAGUCUCCAUGCGCAGAUGGAGUUAAAUCUAAGCAGCAUUUUAUCAACAUGCAGAAAAUGACAUCAUUUUGGAAUAACCACCAAGGUCAAUGGAGACCAGGAUUCCUGGAUUCUUCCUCUUUGCUUGGAGGCUUUCAAGAGGCAAUGCGGACCUUUAUGCUGUUGUUGACACAGCAGGGACAGGUUAUUUUUGCAUCAGAAACAGUCUCUGAGCUGCUUGGUCAUAGCCAGGCCUCAUUGACUGGGCAGACUUUGCAUCACCUGCUGCACCCAGGAGACGUGCAAGCCUUCACAUCUACAUUGCUUGUUUCCGCUUUGUCUCAGACAUCAGGAUCAAAACAGCGACAGUCAGUAUAUGUUCGCUUUCAAGAUGCCAAAGGAAAGAAGGAAGAUGGUGUACAGAAGUACACACUUGUACAUGUACUUAGCGUACCACAUACUGCUAUUAAUGACCCCAGAGCGCAGCUUAUGCAGGCAGCAUCAGCCACAAAAGAGGUCUUUAUUUUUUGCGCAUGCCACGUGUUGCGAUCAGAGUGGGUCUGGGAAGAUUUGGAAACCAGAGGACGUGCUCCAGAAAGUGUCACACACCACAGCCUGGAUGGUACCAUCCUGUAUGCCGAUUCAAGGUGGUGUCAAGUUGUGGGUUACCUACCACAGGAAAUGUGUGGGCGCUCCCACUAUGAUUUUGUUCACCCACAGGAUAUACAGAUAUCAACACUGGCACAUCACAAGGUGCUUGCCCAGUACUCUGAUGUGAGCGCAGUUUAUCGCAUUGUGACCAGUUGGCAGAAGGUGGAGGUUGUGCAUACAAGUUUUUGUCUGGCCUGCCAUCCAGACAGUGGACAGGCCAGUUUUAUUGUCUGUCUGCACACAGUUCUAGGAGAUACGGAAGGAAAGGAACAGCUGCAACUCAGUCACCAGGAGGUGGCAGCAGUGCGAGGAGACCCAACCCGCGCUGGGCUGCUCUCAGACUUCCACAAAGUGCUUGCGAACCUGCCAUCAUCAUAUCAGUAUAGCACUCUUCAGCAGCAGAUGAAGCAUUCUGUGAAGUUUGCCAGCACAGUGGAGGGUGACCUUAUCAACUGCCAGAUAGCACUGACAUUAUCUGUGCCUUCACAGUCUCAGUCCCAUCGGCCAGCACAGCCAGCGGACACAAACGUCCAAAUGGUGUUUUCUUCAGCAACCUCUCAACACAGGCAAGGACAAGUAAUGGAGUCAAUGGUAGCAGGCCCUCUGGUUUCUCAGAAUUCUGUUCCCUGCACCACCCCAGUAGUACCCAAGUGUCCAAGCAAACUGAAACUUUCUUUCCUGAUGAACAUCACUUACCCGUUGUAGGCACGGGGAUUUAUCGCAUGCCAACCCAGUAGUGGGC